AUGGACUCGCUCUACAACACACAAUUCUAUUCCUGGAUUAAAAAUCCCCAGAACCGCGAAUACGCAGCACUCAGAGUUAGCCCAUUAAUUCAAGAAUACAACAGCCUUUCUCACACAGCACAUGUUCUCCGAUGGAUUGCAUCAGACUGGAAACCCAAUGAAGCUAAAGAUUUAUUUCGUCUAGUCACUGACAAGUGGGACGAUGGCAAGCGAAGGCUGCUAAUGUUUUAUCUUGUGAGGGCACAAAGGGAAGAGGAAGGAUUGUAUUUGAAAAAGAGACGGAGAACAGGCAAAAGUGGCGAGAAAGAGGGAGACGGCAGAGAGCAUUCAAGGUAUCAAUGGGACGCGAGUCAAGUAUGCGAUGAAGUAGAAAUCGGCGGGCAUCGAACUUUGAGUGGUGCCAUUAGCGUACCCAACACGCCCACAGUAAAUAUAAGUAUGAGUCAUAAUAAUAAUAAUGAACGUAGACACGGAGCUGUUAGUUCCACGAGGAAUGAUAUAGAUUCUGCCAGUGUUCGGAAUGAUCGCUCACGGCCGGUGGUCAGAUCGGCAACAUGGGACUCUACUUCUUUCACACCAUCGUUAACAACCCUUCCCUAUCUCACUCAUGUUCAUCCGUGUCAGUCCCACGAUGCAGUCUUUCUUCGUCCUAUCAUAAAUUCUGAACCUACUCGCAUGGCGUAUCCAUACUCACAUGGUGACAGAACUGGAGUAGUGAGGAACGGGAUUGUAUAUCAAGCAUAUCCGGGAUAUGUUAACAGUUAUAAUCAAAUCCAACACGAGAGAAUAGGAGAGGAAAGUAUGAAAGCAAUGGGAGAGGAGAGGCGAAGGCGUCGGAGGAGAAACAGUGAUGUUGAUGGUCCUGAUAUUAUGAGUGAGUGA